CUUCCCUUCCUCCCUCUCUCCCUCCUCUCUCCCCCCUCUCCUCUCUCCUCCCUCCCUGCAGUGGUGGGAAACAAGAUUGAUCUCCCGCGAAGGGACGUCGACCAGAAGCUAGCGUCCACGUAUGCAAAGACGCACAACAUGCCAUACAUCGAGACUUCGGCAAAGACGAGACAGGGUGUAGACGACGCAUUCUACAGUCUUGUCCGGGAGAUCCGACGCUGGAAGGAGGUCAAGAAUGACGACACAACACUAAAGAACAAAGGGAAAAAGAAGAAGUCAAAGUGCCGUCUACUCUAAUUAUCGCACCCUGCAUUUAGCAGCUAAUUUCAUAAUAGCCUCUACUCAACAAUUUUAAAGAUUCUUUUCCAUCACAAAUACGCACACUAUGACGGGCAUUUUGCCGUUCAUAAUGCAUUUUGCUUUCGUUCUCUCACGUGUAUUAUCAUUAUUAUUGUAACAACAUUAGCAAGAAUUUGUGUCCACCAAAGGAUUAUCGUGUUGUUGGUGUACUUGUUGAUCAAGUUGUGUGCUAGGUUGCUUUUACUUUCUUUUUGUUUCGGAGUAUGUAUUUAGUGAAAUUACUAAUUCUGACACCGUA